AUGGCUAACUUGAAGAAGUUAUUAGCUAUGUUUCCUCUUAUGAUGAUCUUGUCACAGCUUCGCGUCCAUGGUGUCUCCGUGUCCGUGAGCAGCAGCGCGAACGUUACUACAGAGGCCAAACAUCUUCGUGGAAGGUGCCACAUCAGUGGCUUCCUGCAUGGCAAAUCCGGUGACUACAACAGGGAUCACGGCUCGGUGUGCUGUAAAGACGGUCACCACUACCCGCAAUUCAGGUGCUCGCCCCCGGUGUCGGCCGACGCGCCGGCGAUCCUAACUCUGAACAGCUUCGCACGAGGUGGAGACGGCGGCGGCAAAUCGUUCUGCGAUAACCGCUUCCACAAGGACACCGAGCUGGUGGUGGCGCUGUCAACGGGGUGGUUGCGCCUAGACGGCAAGCGCAAGUGCAACAAGAUGAUCCGCAUCAACGGGAACGGGCGUGCCGUGUUGGCCAAGGUCGUAGACGAGUGCGACUCGGUGUACGGCUGCGACGCCGAGCACAACUUCGAGCCACCGUGCCCAUACAAUGACGUAGACGCCGCCUCCUGGAAAGAUACACCAGUAUUGAGAAAAAAGAGAACCCUAAACGAUGUGGAUGGAGCUGGUGAAAUUAAAAAGCGCUUUGAGUACCACGAAACAACAAAUUGCCAGUGA